UGAAGCUGCCCCCGAGCGCACCGCGAGUAAAAAAAUCCCCGUUUGGGGCUUUUGUGGGGGGAUUUGCCAGCUUUGCGAGGGCUCAGCAUCCCGCCGGAGCUCGCGCUUGCUGCCGGAGUUAAACCCAGCCCUAACAAAGAGCUGUUUAUUAAAGCCAGCGACGCGCCAGCAUCUAUUUGCUUUUGCCUCCCUUCCUCUGGGCUCGGGGUAUCCCAGAGCUGCCAGAACAGCCGGGCUCAUCCCCCCCCCGGCAGCCCGGGACCCCCGAAACUUCUCCAGGGAAAGCAGAGGACACCGAGCGCGUUGCUCGGGCUGCUGUGUUUGUCCUCCCUCAAACAUCAGCAGCUCUCUGGAAACGGGAAUCUUUCCACAGCGCGGUUAUGGAAAGGGGGGAAGGAAUCCCUUCGACCAGGUGGGACAGAGCCCACCAGCUCCGCUCGCUUUCCCGGAAUUCCAUAGCCCCCAGCACAGCCCCUGUGUGCUCUCUCCUCGGCGCGCUCCCCGGAUUUCUGAGCUCUGGGAAUGGCUUUGCUCUUUUUCCUCGGUUUCAAGUCAAUUCCGCAGGAAUCCCAUAAUAACGGUGCCCGUCUCCGGCAUGAGUCAGUCCCGUGGGAGCGAUCGGUUUGCAGGCAGGAGUCCCACCAGCGUUCCUGGCCCCGGCAGAGCUCACAAGACAGCUGUUUUCCUCUUCUUUUGUCAUGUGGAAGUGGGACAGGGCUGGAGCUCCAGCAGGAUGAAACAUGAGUUAUAGCAUCUCUCCCACAAAGCGAUCCCAGCCCUGCCUGGAGCGCAGGCCUAGGUGGAAAAAAACUCCUGGAAUUGGGUAAAUGCACGGGGAAACACAAAGUGAGGGCGCUCAGGGAACAUCGGAUGCUGCGGAGCUCCCGCACCAGCCUCCUCCCGCGAGCAGCAGGUUGGCUCCUGGGAGGAGCGGCGGCGCAGGGAGGUCCCCAUCCCUGUCCCCAUCCCUGUUCCCGCAGAGCUGCCUCAGCAGGCAGCAGCUCCUGGCUGCCAUCCGGCAGAUGCAGCAGCUGCUGAAGGGGCAGGAGACGCGCUUCUCGGAGGGGCUGCGCGCCGUGAGGAGCCGCCUCAGCACCAUCCACGCCUCCCUGGCCAGGGCCGCCCCGCAGCCGCCCGCCCGUGAGUCCUCGGCACAGUAUUCCAGGGAAACAGCAGGUAAAGGGUGCCUUGGAAGGAGAGAGCCCCCUCCAAACUCAUCCCCUCUCCACGGUCUCGCAGCCUCCUGUCCUGCCCUCCAAGCCCCUGCGGAUGGGAGGAAGUUCGGCACCAAGUAUUUGGUGGAUCACGAGGUUCACUUCGCCUGUGAUCCGGGAUUCCAGCUGCUGGGCUCCAGCACACGGAUGUGCCAGGCCAACGGCAGCUGGACAGGGCAGGAGCCCCGCUGUGCAGAGAUCAGCGAGUGCUCGAGCAGCCCCUGCCAGAACGGCGGGACGUGCCUGGAGGGGCUCGACCACUUCAAAUGCCUCUGCCCCCCGCAGUGGACCAGAUCGGAAGAGCGCUCGAGCAGCCCCUGCCAGAACGGCGGGACGUGCCUGGAGGGGCUCGACCACUUCAAAUGCCUCUGCCCCCCGCAGUGGACCGGGACCACCUGCCAGUACCAGGCUCAGACCGCUCCUCCCGCCUGGAGCGUGACGGAUGACCCGGCCUUCAGCCGGCAGCCCCGCUGUGCCCAGAUCGCCCAGACCCAGCAGUGCAGCUGCGAUCCCGGCUUCCACAUGAGCGGCACGGCUCCCGACGGGAUCUGCCAGGACCUCAACGAGUGCGAGGUGUACCAGCAGGAAGGGGGACCCCGGCUCUGCGCCCACGCCUGUGUCAACAUUCCCGGCUCCUUCCGCUGCUCCUGCCCCGCCGGGUACGUGCUGCUGGGCGACGGCAAGAGCUGCGAAGAUAUUGACGAGUGCUCCCUAUCCCAGGAUAACUGCACGAGCGGGAGCACCUGCAUCAACACCGGGGGGGGCUUCCAGUGCGUCACCCCCCAGUGCCCCCCGGCCUCUGGCAACGUCUCCUACGUCAAAACCUCUCCUUUCCAGUGCGAGCGCAACCCGUGCCCCAUGGAGAACCGCUGGUGCCAGCAGGCGCCCAAAACCAUCUCGUUCCACUACCUGCCGCUGCCCUCCAAGCUGCGCGCC